GUUCCGGUUCCGGUCCCGGUCCAGGAGGUGAAGCUCUACAAGACGGCGCGGGAACGGGAGAAAUACGACAACAUGGCCGAGCUCUUUGCGGUGGUGAAGACGUUGCAGGCUCUGGAGAAGGCCUACAUCAAAGACUGCGUCUCUCCUAACGAGUACACAGCCGCCUGUUCCCGUCUCUUGGUCCAGUUCAAAGCUGCCCUGAAGCAAGUCCAGGGCUCGGAGAUCAGCUCCAUCGAUGACUUCUGCCGGAGAUUCCGGCUGGAUUGUCCCUUGGCCAUGGAGAGGAUCAAAGAAGAUCGACCCAUCACUAUCAAAGAUGACAAGGGGAACCUCAACCGCUGCAUCGCCGACAUCGUCUCC